UCUUCCUCCACCAUGACUUACUUUGACACCGUUACCCGCUCCUACACUGAAGUUGAUACUACCAAGGGUAUUGACACUGAGCAGUUCAUCGAGGCCACCGAAGGUCUUGUCAAGAUGUUCGACUUGCUUGGCUCUACUGCCUUUUCUGUUGUCCAGAAUGACAUGAACGGUAACAUUAAGAAAAUCAGAGAGCGUUACUUGUCCAACCCUACUGCCAACGACACCCUCGAGAACUUGAUGGUUGCCGAAUCUCCCGAGAAGAAGCGCGUUGCUACCGAAGGUCUUUUGUGGUUGUCUCGUGGUCUCGACUUCACUGCUCAGGCUCUUCGUCGCUCUAUUGAUGACAUUAACGAGGAACUCAAUGUAUCAUUCACCAAGUCUUACGAAGUUACCCUUCGUAAGCACCACAGCAUUGUCGUCAGACCCGUGUUCAGUCUUGCCAUGAAGGCCUGUCCUUAUCGCAAGGACUUUUACGGAAAGCUUGAGGUUGCCACUGAGGAAGACCUUGCUGUCAUGAACGCAUGGCUCGUUGCUCUCGAGCAGAUCAUUGCUAUCAUUACUGCUUUCUUCAAAGAUCACCCUCUUUUUAUCAAGGGCAUGUAAAUAACCAUAGUCUCUUCUUCUUUACCCAAUUCCCCUACUAUCUUCCCCUCCUCCCUCUUUGCAUAUUAAAUUCUUCUUCCUUUUCUUUAUCUUGUCUUGAGAUAUAUAUAUAAAAAGAAAAAAAAGGAUAGAAAAAUAAAUAUAUAUAUAUAAAUGAGAUAAAAAAUUUCUAUUUUAUUAUAAUUGAAUUAGAGAGAAAAAGAUAGAGAAAGGAAAUAAUUGGGGAGGACUAAUCAAGUUGAUUUCAAAUGAUCCUGUUUGUUACUGCUUUCGUUGACAUGUGUCUUUUGUUCCGUCUCGAGAUUAUACCGUUUUGAGAAUACUUCAAUGUAGUAGCUAGCUCCAUUCCAGACACUUGCGGCAAACAUGGUCAACAGGAAGCUGCCGUGGAGCCAAAAAUGCUGAUACAAGUAGUAUGUUGGUAGUGUGGUGAUGAUGUUGUAGACCAAUUGAAGAAGCAUGAACAUAUAGAUCUUAUACUUUGGACCAAAAAUAAAUGAAGCAUUUUGAAUGAAUCCUUUUCGGCCAUGAGAGUCAUCAAGUAGCCAGGAAUAGGAUGUCAAGCGCACACCUGAUUCAACCUUUUCACGUCUUUUGACCAUAAUAAAAACGAAAUAUAGUGUUUGCCACACCAGAUAGGCUGAUGUUGAGUAAAUAAGAAAAUCUUCUAAGCUGAUGGUUGAUAGAGAUUCAAGGGCUGGGAAUCGAGUGUUGCGAUAGAUAGUAGCAUCUGAUCCUAGUUGGAGUUCAGGCAUCCAGCGAAUGGUGUAAGUAACAAGAGCAGGAAAGAUGUGGAUAAACACAGAGGUAACCUUAUCCAGUGAGUGGAACACGAGUGAAUUUCUCCAUGUGAUGAUCGCCCAAACAACAGGACCGUUUGUAAGUGCAUAUAUGGCGAUAAAAAGGCCUGUCGAAGAUGAAAAUACCCAGAGAAACAAGAGAGUCAUAAGGUUGACAAAGUAACAAAGAUCAAAUAUGAAAUAAUGCCAUUGACGCGAUUUAUAGACUAUUCCUCGAAAAGUAAUGAGAUAAACAGAUUGAAGCGUAUAAUACAAUGGGAUCCAUUCUGGCACGCGUGAGGUCAAGACCGGAGUCAGGCAAGUGUUGGCCACACCCACGAGGAAGGAAAUCUUAUCCCUUAAAUGAAUUGUUUUCUCGUCUCGAUUUAAACGAGCAUUGAUUAUUCGAUACCGGGUGAGUAGCUGGCUCUGGAGGAGUGUCUUUUGGUUUUCGAGUUUUCCUAUCUGUGCACGGAAUGUCUCGGUGGUCAAUGUCGUCCAGUCGGAAGAGGUUGUCUGAAGUUCAUGUUUUUUGUCAUUGAGUUGGUUUGUGAUCUGAUCCAAGGCAGUCGAAAGAAUAUCGAUCAUGUCUAAGUAGUGAUCAGAGUGAAAGUCUGUUUCGUUCCAGUCUUGUAACAUGUCAAGAUGUUCUUUAGAGAAAGAAUAUAGCUCUUCCGGCUCUAAGAUGUUACUCUCGAGAGGGUCCAAGGCAAUCAUACAGGUUUA